UCUUGGUGUUCAAUCAUUUUAGUCAUGUCUGACUCUUCAACACUGGAAUAAAAGGAGACAUUCAUAGAUCAUUCAACAGGCAGUUACUUCUUCUAAACCUGAUAGAGGGACACGUUUUUCCUUUCGAGACAGAAGUAAAGAAUUGGGAGGAGGAGGGGAGAAUUAAAAGGGUGAUUACCAAAGAUUCCUAUCAUACCGUGCAAUCCUCUGCAGGCUGGCCUUCAAGAAUCCCCCCUCAUCUCCAGAAAAAUGGGAGUCGAUGGUGAAACAGUGGUGCUAAAGAACAUGCUCAUUGGGGUCAACUUGAUCUUGUUGGGUUCUGUCCUGAAGCCCUCAGAGUGUCAGCUGGAGGUGACAACAGAAAGGGUCAGAAGACAGGUGGUGGAGGAGGAAGGGGAAUUUGUCAACUACAGUGCAUCCAGCAAAGAGCACCCCAUGAUCUUCAACCAUGUGUAUAACAUCAAUGUGCCCCUGGACAGCCUCUGUUCCUCUGGUCUGGAGGCUUCAGCAGAGCAGGAAGUGAGUGCAGAAGAUGAGAGGAUGACAGAAUACAUGGACCAUACCUCGGACAGCGAGAGCCAGGUCACUUUCACCCACAGGAUCAACCUUCCCAAACAGGCCUGCAAAUGUACCUCCUCUGCCCAGGUCAUGCAGGAACUACUGAGCCGGAUUGAAAUGCUGGAGAGGGAAGUGUCUAUGCUUCGAGAUCAAUGCGCCUCCAACUGCUGCCAGGAAAAUGCAGCCACAGGUCAACUGGAUUAUAUCCCGCACUGCAGUGGCCAUGGAAAUUUCAGCCUGGAGUCCUGUGGUUGCAUCUGCAAUGAAGGCUGGUUUGGGAAGAAUUGCUCAGAGCCCUAUUGUCCUAUGGGCUGCUCCAGCCGGGGUGUAUGUGUGGAAGGCCAGUGCGUGUGUGACAGUGACUAUAGUGGUGAUGACUGCUCAGAGCUCCGUUGCCCAACAGACUGCAGCUCCCGAGGACUCUGUGUGGAUGGCGAGUGUGUCUGUGAAGAGGCUUACACGGGAGAAGACUGCAGUGAGCUGAGGUGUCCCGGGGACUGCUCGGGGAAGGGGAGAUGUUCCAAUGGCACCUGCUUCUGCCAGGAAGGCUAUGUUGGGGAAGACUGUGGCCAACGCCAGUGCCUGAAUGCCUGCAGUGGGCGAGGGCACUGCCAGGAUGGGCUCUGCUUCUGUGAGGAAGGGUACCAGGGUCCUGACUGCUCAGCAGUUGCCCCUCCCGAGGACCUGCGUGUAGCCGCAAUCAGCGACAGGUCCAUUGAGCUGGAAUGGGACGGGCCGAUGGCAGUGACAGAAUAUGUGAUCUCUUACCAGCCAACAGUCCUGGGAGGUCUUCAGCUCCAGCAACGGGUGCCCGGGGAUUGGAGUGCCAUCACCAUCAAGGAGCUGGAGCCGGGACUUACCUACAACAUCAGUGUCUUUGCCGUCAUUAGCGACACCCUCAGCCUCCCUGCCAUUGCCAAGGUGGCCACUCAUCUCUCCACCCCGCAAGGGCUGCAAUUCAAGACUAUCACAGAGACUACCGUGGAGGUGCAGUGGGAACCCUUCUCUUUCUCCUUCGAUGGGUGGGAGAUCAGCUUCAUCCCAAAGAACAAUGAAGGGGGAGUGAUUGCCCAGCUCCCUAGCGAUGUCACAUCCUUCAACCAGACAGGGCUAAAGCCAGGGGAGGAGUACAUCGUUAAUGUGGUGGCACUCAAAGAUCAAGCACGGAGCCCCCCAACAUCAGCCAGCAUCUCAACUUUCAUUGAUGGACCCACACAGAUCUUAGUUCGAGAUGUCUCAGACACUGUGGCCUUCGUGGAGUGGACCCCACCUCGAGCCAAAGUUGAUUUCAUUCUCCUGAAAUACGGGCUAGUGGAUGGAGAGGGCGGUAGGACCACCUUCAGGCUGCAGCCUCCUCUGAGUCAGUAUUCUGUGCAAGCCUUAAGACCCGGCUCCCACUAUGAAGUCUCUGUCAGUGCCAUUCGAGGGACCAAUGAAAGUACUUCCACCAUCACUCACUUCACAACAGAAAUCGAUGCCCCCAAGAACUUACGGGUGGGCUCCCGUUCAGCAACCAGCCUCGACCUUGAAUGGGACAACAGUGAAGCUGAGGUUCAGGAGUACAAGGUGGUAUACAGCACCUUGGCGGGGGAGCAGUACCAUGAGCUGACGGCUCCUAAGAAUUCUGGCCCUACCACCAGAGCCACCCUCACCAAUCUCGUGCCAGGGACAGAAUAUGGUGUCGGGAUAUCAGCGAUCAUGGGCAGUCAACAGAGUGUACCAGCCACCAUGAAUGCCAGGACUGAUCUGGACAAUCCCCGUGACCUCAUGGUGACAGCCUCUUCCGAGACCUCCAUCUCCCUCAUCUGGACCAAGGCCAGUGGUCCCAUUGACCACUAUAGAAUCACCUUCACACCUGCAUCUGGAAUGUCCUCAGAGAUCACUGUACCCAAAGACAGGACCUCAUACACACUUACAGACCUGGAGCCUGGUACUGAAUACAUCAUAUCAGUUACUGCAGAAAGGGGAAGACAACAGAGCUUGGAAUCCACAGUGGAUGCCUUCACAGGUUUCCGUCCCAUCACCCAUCUACACUUCUCUCAUGUCACUUCCUCCAGUGUAAACAUCACCUGGAGUGACCCAUCCCCUCCAGCUGACAGGCUCCUGCUGAAUUACAAUCCCCGAGAUAAGGAAGAAGAGGCUUUGGAAGUCUCACUGGAUGCUACCAAAAGGCAUGCCAUUCUGAUGGGUCUGCAACCAGCCACCGAGUAUAUUGUGAACCUGGUGGCUGUUCAUGGGAUGGUGACCUCUGAGCCAAUUGUGGGCUCUAUCACCACAGGGAUCGAUCCUCCUAAAGAUAUAGUAAUAAGUAAUGUUACCAAGGACUCUGUGACUGUCUCCUGGAGCCCUCCCAUUGCGUCUUUUGACUACUAUCGAGUAUCCUAUCGACCCACACAAGUGGGGAGAUUGGACAGCUCAGUGGUGCCCAAUACAGUUAACGAAUUCACCGUCACCAGCCUGUAUCCAGCUACAGAAUAUGAAAUCAGCCUGAACAGCGUUCGAGGCCGAGAGGAGAGUGAGCGCAUCUGCACACUUGUGCAUACAGCCAUGGACAAUCCCGUGGAUCUGGUUGCCACCAACAUCACCCCAACAGAAGCUCUGCUACAGUGGAAAUCACCUGUGGGUGAAGUGGAGAACUAUGUCCUUGUACUAACACACUUCACAGUUGCCGGGGAAACAAUCCUAGUGGAUGGAAUCAAUGAAGAGUACCAGCUUGUGGACCUGCUUCCUAAUACUCACUACACAAUCACCAUGUACGCCACCAAUGGACCACUUACCAGCAGUACCAUCGACACCAACUUCACCACCCUUCUGGAUCCCCCCACAAACCUGACUGCCAGUGAGGUCACCAGACAGAGUGCCCUGAUUUCCUGGCAGCCUCCUGUGGCAGACAUUGAGAACUACAUCUUAACCUAUAAAUCCAACGAUGGAAGCCGGAAGGAGUUGAUUGUGGAUGCAGAAGACACUUGGAUCCGUCUGGAGGGACUUUCUGAGAACUCUGAAUAUACAGUGCUCUUGCAGUCAGCCCAGGAUACUAUUCACAGUGUGAUCACCUCUGCUAGCUUCACCACAGGGGGUCGGGUGUUCCCUCAUCCUCAGGAUUGUGCCCAGCAUUUGAUAAAUGGAGACACCCUCAGUGGGGUUUACACCAUCUCUAUCAAUGGGGACCUGAGCCAGAAGGUCCAGGUAUACUGCGAUAUGACUACAGAUGGGGGCGGCUGGAUUGUGUUCCAGAGACGGCAGAAUGGCCUAACAGAUUUUUUCCGGAAAUGGACAGAUUACCGUGUUGGUUUCGGAAACUUAGAGGAUGAGUUUUGGCUGGGGCUGGAUAACAUGCACAAGAUCACUUCCCAAGGGCGAUAUGAGUUGCGGAUAGACAUGCGAGACGGCCAAGAGGCAGCUUACGCCUAUUAUGACAAGUUCUCUAUUGGGGACAGCAGAAGCCUCUACAAGCUCCGCAUAGGAGACUACAAUGGCACUGCUGGGGAUUCCCUUACUUAUCACCAAGGGCGGCCCUUCUCCACCGAGGACAGAGACAAUGAUGUUGCUGUUACCAAUUGUGCCAUGUCCUACAAGGGAGCUUGGUGGUAUAAGAACUGCCACCGAACCAACCUAAAUGGAAAGUAUGGGGAGUCCAGGCACAGUCAGGGAAUCAACUGGUAUCAUUGGAAAGGCCACGAGUUCUCUAUCCCCUUUGUGGAAAUGAAGAUGCGGCCUUACAACCACCGACCUGUGGUUGGAAGGAAGCGACGUUCCCUACAUCUGUGAGCAGAGGAAAGACCAUAAACAACCGACCUUUUCUGUCAUUUGUUUAUAUUUUAUAAUAUGAAAUGAGGUUGGGGGGGGGAAAUAAUAAUGAUGUGCUAUUGCAACCUACUAAGGGUAUAUAAAGGAAGUGGGAAUGAAGCAGGAAGACAGUACAGAGAGGAUAGUCAGGGCCACAGCAUUCUCCUCUCCCAAGUCAUAAAAUUCUAAGGUCCUGACCCUUUGUCCCAGGUCUCCUUCCUAUUUAACCAUACCCCAACUCCUCGCUAAAGGAGACAAAGGAAAGUUUUCAUAAAAGAUCAAACCAGGGACAAGUCCAGUAGCCCUUACUUUUUGGUGGGUUAGGACUUUCAUCUUCUUCCUUUGUCUUGUCUCUGAGAUGCCCUUCAUCUUCCUAACCUGAGAGUGGUGGUUAUUGAUGGUCUCUGAAAUAGGGCCUUAACUCAAUCCAUUUGGCUGAUUUAUUAGCCAACUGUUAACAUCAGUAUGCCCUAAGUAGGAGGCCAACGGAUGAGACAGCUCUUCAACAUAAUUUUUUCUGGCAACAUGUUGGCUUUUCACCAUUCUAGUGACCUGGGCUCCCUUCAAAUGAUUCUAAAUUCUCAACUUUUGUCUUUUAUUAUUCUUACCCAAGAGAUACUCAUUCUUUCAAGAUUUUCCAGGGAGCCCCACUUCUCUUUAAUUUGCUAACAAUGGCAUUUCCCAAUUGCAUUUGUCAUCCCCACUCCAGACACUGAUGCAGAAUAUAUAACACUUAAAAUCCCUGACACUGGAUUCCAUAAGUCAUGUCAUAUUGCACUAUAAAUCUCCCUCAACUCAACCAAUCAACAGUUCUCUAUGGAGUAUCUAUUACAUGCUCAGCACCAUGCUAUGAGCCAUACAGCAAAAACAUAAGGUACAGUCCCUACCAACAAGGAGAUUCUAAUCCUCAGAGUAAUUUCAGAAAACACUUGCAGAGUAAGUACCUGUUUCCUCAAUGUUUGAUCUUUUUUUUUUUGAGGAAUUGCCAACUACCACAGUCCUGUACUCAGUCAAUAUCACUGAACUAUGGGUGAACCAGUUAAAGUCAAAGUAAUCCUGCCAAAUAACCAGGCAGCUAUUCCAUCAGCCAGUAUGGGGUGGCAGCAGUAGAUUCUUGGUCCCAGUGGGGAUGGAAUGACCCCAUUAGUCAAUAAGCUCAAGAGAAACUUUCCUCCACCUUCCUUUAUUAUUUAUCUAGGAUAGGAAAAAUGAAAAGUGCCAGAGCAAAUUACAUCUAGAAAUCCAAAGGUGAAGAGGAGAGAACUGUGCCUACCUCCCAUUUUAUUACAUGCUGUAUCUUCACUAUCACUAUUUGAUUUCUUUUUUUUUUUAAGCCUAAGAGGACAGGGAGUCACAGUGGCUAUUUUGGAAGCUUUUUCUACUUUCAAAGUAGAUUUCAACUACAUCCUAUACCAGCUUCUGAAAUCUUUGUGCAGUUCCCCAGCUCUCUCCUUCUCUCUUUUUUUCAGUUCCAUAGUGACAGUCCAUUGACCACCUCCAUUUUCUGCAAACCUAGGGCUCUAUUCAGACCAGAGACUUUAGGACCCUUAGCCACCUUUCACUGUUUGAGUCUGAGAGUUAGAAAUUUGCUCAUGAAGUCAUGAGUAAUCCAACACAAACUUGACUACAUAAGAAAGGAACAGCAAUCCCUUGGGGCUAGCUAGCAUAUCUCCCAACACGUGUUUUCUUUUGGGGGGAAGUAAAACUGUUGUUGGGAUUCAGUGAAGUGACAAUCUGAGCACUGGGCCGCUUUAACAUGCGUCUUAAGACCUUGGUACACCCAGCACUAAAAAUAAAGCUAGUACUUUUCAGGUUAAAUUCAGCAUAGGCUCCGCAGAAGGUUAGUCAAAAAAAAAAUGAACAAACAACCCAUCUCAUAUAUACAUACACAUAUAUACACACAUAUAUGUAUACACACAUACAUGAAAAAAAACAACAGAGCCUCUUCAGGAAGAGACUUUACUGGCCAUCUAGUUCAAUACCUUCAUUUUAUACAGUAGCAAACAGGCCCAGAGAUGUUAAAUGAUUUUCUAAAGCUUGUAUAUUUGAUUGGGGGCAGAGCCAGAAUUAUAACCCAGGUCUCCAAAAACUCCCAAGAUAGUGUACAUUUCGUGACACCAAUCUACCUGUUCUGUUAAGUUGGUUGAUAUGUGGGCCAAAACAGUAGGAAGAACUACAGAUGUUGGCAGGACAGAAAUUGGCACAGGAGAGAUGACCCAUUUUAGAAAAAUUGGAAAAUUUAAAAAGAUGCUUCCUUUACAAUCAGGAGUCACAUGUAAAUCUCAGAGCCAAAGACAGAGAAUUAGGACUUCAGGAAAGAUCCUGACAAGUAAGGCAUGAAUCCACUUAGUGACCAGUCAUGUCAAUUAGCAAGGAAACAAGGUAACUUUAACUCUUUCAUAUAUUUCUUAAGGUCAUGUCCAUAAUGGGCCUGUGUGGUGAGAGUGGAGGCUAAAGUGCUGAAAAAGACAUGACUUCUUUGGCCCCAAUCAGCUUGUGUUAUGAAUAUAGACUUAAGUCAAGAAAGUUUCCUUUAAAGCAGAAUUCUGCUAUUCGUUGAAUUGAGCCACCUAGCAAGAUCAUUGUAGAAAUAGCACGAAUACAACCACACUGUAAUAAAAUAUCAUUUCACAGUUUUCCUUUGAGUAAUUCUAAAAGUCCUAUGUUAUUCCUAAAAAUGGAGUCGUAGUUUACCUUCCCUUAAAGAACCUGGUCAUCCUUUCUCAUUUAUCCCUCAAUGCUAAUAUAUAAAUGUUUAGUAGGGUAUUGUAAAACACACUGACUACCUCAUCACCUGCUUUCAUAAACACAUGCUCAUCCCAACACAUGCUUAUCAACUAUCAAAAUGCCCUGAUCUCCUGCUUCAGGCCCUACACAGUACCAGGACCUCCAACUAUUUACCAAGAACAUAGAAGACAUUGGCAGAUGUUAGAGCUGAAAUAGACCUUAGUGGUCCAACCCCCUAAUCUUACAAAUGAAAAAACUGAGGCUAAGAGAGGUUAUGUGACUGACCCAAGAUCUCACAGGUAGGAAGCAAUAGACUUGGGGAUUUAACCCAGAUCAUUCUGAUCUCCAAACUAGUGUUUUGCCAUCAUGCCUUGGCCAGUUACCAACAUGACAGCUAUAGUCUACAGAAUUGCACGACCGACUAUGGAGACAGAGUUAUGAAACUGAUUUAACCUACACAAAGAAACAUCAAUAAACACAAAUGAGUCUUAAUUUUCUUAUAAACAGAUGAAGACUAAAUAGUUAGGAAAAUUGGGGUGCCAAUUUACUAUACUCUCAUUCAAAGACUGGACAGGUGCUAGGGCAGAAGGUGACAAGUAGAGAGACAGUGCUGUAAAAAAAAUACAGCACAAGGGGAGGAAUCAAAGACUGAGAAGCAAUGGGAUCUCUCCUCCAGACUCUGACAGCGAUGUGCUUCCUGGACAUAGUCAUAAGUUGAGGCUGGAUUUAUCCAGCUAUCCAUUUGAAUCCUUGGAGAACAUUAAUGGGGCUGGAAAAUUCCAGCCAACCUAGAAAGACAGAUUUUGAAAGCCUAACAAAUAUUCCUUGAAAGGAGCAACAAAAUAAGGCUUAAGACAUUGAGAAAGAAGGAAUUAUCCUGAAGGAUACAGGAAGCUACAUGGCAUAGUGAAAAGAGCACUGGCUGUAGCAUCAAGAAGCCCUGGGUUCAAAUCCUGUCCCUGUUACUACUUGAGUGACACACACAAAAUGAGUCAUUUAAUCUCCCUAGGCCUCAGUUUCCUUUUCUGUAAAAAUUAGGGGGAUUGUAUUAGUUAGCCUCUGUGGUUCUUUCUAGCUCUAGAUAUAUCAUAUCUAAGAAGGAAGUAAGAAGAGCUCUUAAACUCUAAUAACCUCAUACCACUUGGAAACUAACAGGGUCCAUCCAAAUUUAAAAUAGUUAUUGAAAGACAGGCAUACCUUACAGAAGCCACAUGAACAGUUACCUCCACAGCACUGGACACAAAGCCAAUUAAUCACAGUCCCAUUUUAAAAAUCCAGUCCAUGAAAAGAGAAGUGACUUCAUUCAUCAGAACCCCUUACCCUUUGGGAUGGGUCUAUUUUAUGGUUUUGAUAGAUCUUAGCCAACAGCUCCAAAAUGGAGAUGUUUCAAUCACUCCUACUGUGUAAUGCAGCCUGUUCUUUGUUCUCCCCAUCCCAGACAUGAAAACCAUUGUGAGAAAAACAAAUGGUUGGGAUAUAGAGUCAAUUUUACCAGAAGUCCCUAAUCAGCCUCUAAUAAAGAUUUCAGGGGAAAGAAGGCAGAACUCUCAUCCUGAAAAGGAACUCCUCUAACACUGGAGAACUUCUUGGGGUUUAUGUAUUGUGGGUACCUUGCUAAUUUCUCAAUCCCUUUGACUUAUCUCCACCCCCACUCCCCACCCUCAAAAAGGGCUUCUUCCCAUCAGCGUUUGGUGAGCCUUCUUUGGAAAUUUGUUAGGGAGCCCUCAAAGACUAAAAAGAUCAGCAUAGUUUGAAUAAGCCCAUGGAAAACCCUUUUCUUCACCUCUUAUGUGUUGGAAAUAGAUUUGAUGAUCUCUAAGAUCUUCUCCAGCUCUCACAUUCUAUUACCCUCUACCACUCCUUGCCUUAGUAUGACUGAGCUGCAUGGCCAGCUUCAGAAUUUCAGGGGACUGAGCCGGUCUUGUGUGAUUCAGGGAUUCUUCUGCUUUUCACUCAAGGUUCCCAAUACCCCAAUCCCCAAAUCCAACCUCAUAUGACCCAUAGUGCCAUUAACUGUAAU